UCGGGACUGGGAGCAAGGGGUAGGCAGAAACGCCGGAGACAAAGAGGCAGACGAAGAGGGGCUCCCCUACGGCCAGGUCCACAGUCAGAGGACGAAUUUGGCCUCGCCCCAGCACAGCUGUCUGUCAAGAUCGGACCCUUCCUUUAGAUCAGACAGGACCACGUUUCAGAUGUUCGUGCCACCUCGGCAGAGGGAAAACACCAGAAAGGGUUUCAAUCCAAGUCUGGAUCACAGAAGGAGCUGGAUGUGGCUGAGUAUGCAGAUUGGAGACAAAACCAACAGCAAAGAAGGAUUGACACAGCAGAGAAGAAAUCACACCGUAUCGGUCCACUCAGUGACUCUAGUAUGCCAUGUUUGUGUUUAUCUUGCAGUCUGCCUCAUGAUCGGGAUACUAAGAAUCACUUGACGAUUAGUUUGUCACCAUAAUGACCUCUAAAAACAGAACCAAUGAAAUCAUUAAAAAACUUAAAGCUAGCAAAAAACAUCUCCUGGAGGAGAUAAACGAAAAGCGUGACUCCAACUGCUUUGUGGAAAGAAGCAAUCAAGUCAGUUUAUUGAGAGUUCAAAAGAGGCAUUUCAGUGGUGCCUACCAGUCCUUUACUCACACCCAAAUCAAAGAACCCGUUCCUGACAGUGGCAGGAGCUCCUGGGUCACACUGAGUCUCCUGGUUCACACCGAGAAAAAGCACUUUCCUGCAAAAAAUAAUGCCAUAUUUGGAUAAAGUGUAUCUCCAGAGACACACAGAAAUACAACCUCUCUGAUCCUUCUUCAAUGUCUGUCUUAUUUACAAACAUUAAUUAUAAAAGAAACAAAAAAUCAUUAAUCAGAUCACCAAGAAAACAUUUUAUUGUCACAUAAAACACAUAUAUAUUUUUAAAAAUUUUUUAAAUGUUUAUUUCUGAAGGAGAGAGAGACAGAGCAUGGGUGGGGGAGGGGCAGAGAGAGAGGGAGGCACAGAAUCUAAGGCAGGCUCCAGGCUCUGAGCUGUCAGCACAGAGCCUGAUGUGGGGCUUGAAUUCACAGUCUGUGAGAUCAUGACCUGAGCAAAGUGGACGCCCAACCACCUGAGCCACCAAGCACUCCACAUAAAACAUAUUUUUAUUCAUUCCAUCCCAUUAUUUAGACUUAGAUGUUUUGAAGAGGUUUUAAGUGAUUAAAGAUAGUUUCAAAGAUGAAGAUAGUUUACAGUGAUCUUCUCUUUUAAAUCUUUAGAAGUUUAUUUAUUAUCUAAGUAAUCUCUACACCUAACAUGGGACUCAAACCCAUGACCCAAGAUCAAGAGUCGCAUGCUCUUCCAACUGAGCCAGCCAGGCACCCCUAACCUAAAAUGUUUAAAUAGUUUGUUUCUGAAAUUAGUAGAAUAUGUUGACCAAUUCUACUAAUGAAGUUGAAGGCUAAAGUCAACGCUUGCUUCUAUUGCUAAAUUGCAUUAACUUACUCUGUUAAAGCUACCAUUUUGGUAAUUUGAAUAAGUACCUACUUGAGAAGGUAAUAUUAGGUACCUAUAGAGAAUUUGUCCUAUUUCAUCGCCCAUCCCCAAAGUGGUCAUUGCUAGAGUCAUCUCGUGGCCAAAUCCUAUUUGGCUAAUGUCACCUUUGUGUCAUUAUUUCCUGCAUAGCAGACUAAUUUUUAAAUUUUAACCUGGCUUGUGUUCCUUGUGGUAGUUUGAGGUAACAGCCUCUUCUAUUCUAUUUGGUAAGCCAAGCACUGCCUGGCUUCUUGGCAUUUGUCUCUACAUGAGUGAAAUAUUCACCUUGUAUUUGGUGGCCCUUUGCCUCCACAGAAAGCUCAGAUUCAUAAGCCAAGGCGUUUUAAUAUUGGAAGGGAUAUGGAUCCUACUGGCCUAAAUCCUACCUCAGCUAGGGCUACACAAGGGCGCAGCGGACAGGAUUCAUUACCUCUGAGAGUGCAGUAAAAAGCCAGACUCAAAACUAAUUUUUUGCUUCUCAAAAAGCAAACACCUAGUGUCACGAGCUAUGAAGUGUUAGCCUACCAAGCUUCAUGAGCGUUGACAGAGGACAGAAGACUCCUGGCUCUGAGGCAAAAGACUCUAUUACGCAGAGCACAGCAAGUAGCACAAGCCUCAUGUUUAGGUUGGUCCCCCCUUGCACUUCCCCACCCCCUUCAAGGCGAUGGGAAACUGUUCAGAUAAUGCCACACACAGGGGUUUUGCCUCACACCCAAGGACCCCUGCGCUUAAGAAACCCAACCUUUAUUAUACUGCACGGUAAAUAAACCUGCCCUCUGUUACAGUGAGAGACAUUAUUUCUGUCAUCCAAGGUCCUUGACUACAAACAUCCUUGAAGAGAUAGUCUAGAACAAAAGCUAUCAGUGCCUCUGCUCCCAAGACAUGCAGAAAUGUGAGAGACCUAUGGAGAAUUAUCUCCCAGCACCUAGCAGCCCAAAUAAAGACCAUCAGGUAAAACAUUAUUCCUUGGGUCCAAUCUAAGAUGAAUCCUGGGGAAUAAACACAUAGUAAAGGAGUGUCAGGUUAUGAAUUAUACAAUUAACAACCUUUCUAACCUCAUUCCUCUGUCAUCCUGUCCUACCUUCUCUCCUAGGCACCUCUGGUUUUAAGGAAUUAUUAGUGGUUCUUUGCUUUAUUCUGUUGUCCCUCCUUCCCCUGAUUCCUGGAAUCACCACCGUCUCCUGGAAGCCAUCCCUACCCCAGCCUCUUUCCCUAAUAGGUGUUUCCACAGCCUCCUCCUCUAUACACCCUCUAUACAACAGCCAAGGGCUAAAACCAGAAACCAAAAUGUCACAAGACCAUAUAUAUCUUGGACUCUGAACCUACCCGAAAUCACAAGAAGUCCAGCCACCUCCUCUUCCCCCUCCCAGGAAUGUUUCAUAUCUGUUGAUGCACGUGUUCCCUAAUAAACAUGUGGGGACCAGCAUUUUCCUCCUUUUCUCCUCUGGCUCCCUGUAGAGCUGUCUGCAGAUUCUCCCUCUGACUCUCCCUCUCUCUCUUCCUCUUGAGAGAAGUCAAGAAGUUUCCAAGUCAAGGCCACUAAUGUUUGUACAGGAAGUCUUCCUGUGGCACCUCCAAGACUCCAGAAAAGACAUUGGUAUGGCCCACUAUUGCUGUUGAAGCUGCUAUUGGGGUUCAGAAUGAGUUGUCCUAAGAUGUGCUAUUUUGGCACAUAGAUUAUUCUGAGCUGAAAACCAUCAAGGCCCAAAAGACUCAAGAAGAAACUUUGACCCUCCCCCUAACUGCCUGAAGGAAUUUAGACAGAGGACCUGCUCCAGGAAGAGAGCUGUCACCAUCAAUAACUACUGUGUAAUAUGAACUAGGUUUGGAAGAGGGAGGAACCUAGAAAAGUCUGCUACAAUUCCUCUUUGUGUCUCAUUAUUUCUGUAUGGCCCAAUUCAUCUUCCCGUGAAUUGCUUUCCUUCUCUUUGAAGUUCCCCCACCCCCAGUCCCCCACCCCUUUCUCCUUAGUAUAGGAUGAACAUAUAUACCUCAUUUUGCUGGUCUUUGGAAUCUCUCAUGUUUAUGUGGAUUCCCUGUACAUACAUAAUUAAAUUUGAUAUUCUCCUAUUAAUCUGUCUCAUGUCAAUUUGCUUCUUAGACCACCCAGAAGAAUCUUGAAGGGUACAAUAAAAUUCUUGCAUCCCAACACUGCCAACAUCCAAUGCCUCUUCCCUGGAGAGGGUCUUGCAGGCCACAGUAAGGGAGCUACAUCUCUUUUCUGGCACUGCAGAUGUGUCCAAAGAGAGGGGCCAGGCAGAACCAGAAGCCAGGCAGCACCAACCAGGACUCUCAGCUAAAUAAGACCUCAGAACAAGAAGGGUUGGAUGGUGAACCCAGGGAAUGAAGAGGUGUGGGUGGACAGGUUUGAGGACACUCAGUUAUGAAAAUAUUGCCCAAACCUUCACUCUUCUUUCUACAGUGUGAACAACUCCACUUACAGUGCCAGAGGAGAAGCAGAGACUAGAGAAUCCAAGGAAGUUUCCCUGGGGGUUUUAGUGGAAAAUUUCUUUUAAAUCAUUCCUCUUUUACUGCAGGCACCUCUUCCUCAUGCAUAAGUUUGUGGAGCUGUUCUAGAGAAAAAUAUGAAUGACAGAUAUCACACUGGAGUUAGAAUCACCCAAAAAAUGGGGGCACUUGAGUGGCUCAAUUCGUUAAGUGUCCGACUUCAGCUAAGGUCAUGAUCUCACGGUUCAUGAGUUCAAGCCCCGCAUCAGACUCUCGGCUGUCAACGGGGAGCCUGCUUCAGUCUCUUGGUGCCCCUCCCCUGCUCUCUCUCUCACACUCUCUCUCUCUCAAAUGAAUAACAUUAAAACAAAAAAAGAA